CAUGUUCUUCAGGGCAGUUAUUUGCUGAAGAACUUGGGUUAUUAUUUUUAUUCAACCCUUGAAUUAUUUUACUACUGUUUUUGCAGUGGCUAAACGACAACUGCAAUCAUGCCUCGCCAACAAACCCAGCAGCGCGGGCCGAAAGACAACUCGUCCAAGAAGAAGCAACAGCCUAGAAAGAGACCCAACAAGGCUUUGAACGCCCUCGCGAUCGCCGAACAGCAAUUUCCUGUCAAACCUAAGAUCCGACGCAACCGGCUCGGCGAAGAGUACGGACAGCACACCCGCAAGCGACACGCGGCGGGCAGCGACGAGGAAGAAUCGGACGGGGAUGGCCCAGACAACAAGCGCCGUCGGUUUGGAGGCGACGGGUCUGAUAGCGAUGCGGGCAGCGAUGGACAAGGUCGCCGGUGGAGAAUAGGGCACGUCGACAGUGAUGACGAUAGCGAAUUGGACAGUGAUGAAGCCUUGGGUGAGAGUGAUGAGGAGCGGUUUGAAGGUUUUACGUUUCGGGGUAGUGGGAAGCCUAAGUCUAAGGCGAAGCCGAAGCCUGAGUCCAAGAAGAAGAGUCGCCCGAUUAGUCUGUCGGAGGAUGUCGAGGAUGAGGAUGAGGAGGAUGAAGAUGAAGACGAAGAUUCGGACGAUCUUGGGGAGGAUGCUAUCGACUUGACCACUGCCUGGGACAUGAACGUUGCUGCGGAAGAAGAAGAAGCGCAGGCUGGCUCGAAAUCGAAAAAACGCGACGAAGACUUUGGGUCUGAGGAAGAUGAAGAGGAAGAGGAGGGGGAUGAUGAGGAUGAGGAAGACAGUGAAUCCAACGAAGACAGCGACUUCGACAUGUCCGACGAUGAGGACGCUGUGGAUGAACAUGGCCUCGCCAAAUUGCAGAGUUUCGUGAACUCUAUGGGUACGGGUGCUGUCGACAGGACCAAAAAGAAGGGAGGAAAACACGAGCAUACUGCGCCGACAGAAUUCGGACUGUCCUCUACACAGAAACUCACUAUCGCGGACCUCAUGCCCUCAAUUACAGAUUCGCGCUUAAAGAACUCUCUCAAACAUGUCGACACCGCGCCCGCCAACAAAACAACAUCCGGUAUCCCGGGUAAACUCGACGCACCUCUGGCGAAACGCCAGCAGGAUCGGUUGGACCGAACCGCAGCCUAUGAAAAGAGCAAAGAAACUAUGGAUCGCUGGUUGGAGACGGUCAAGCACAAUCGCCGAGCGGAACACCUCAUGUUUCCCCUUGUCGACCCCGACGCCGAGCAGACGCACCGAAUCGACGUUACGAAGCCUCAGACAGACCUUGAACACGCCAUCCAAGACAUUCUAGUCGAGAGUGGUCUGACGGAUAAUAAGGGGAAGUCGGCUGAAGAGCAGGUUCAGGAAUUCGAGGAACUGCAGGCGCGAAAGCUCCCGAUCGAGGAGAUCCGAGCUCGCAGGGCGGAACUACGCCAGCGCCGCGAUCUACUCUUCCGGGAGGAGGUCCGUGCCAAACGCAUCAAGAAGAUCAAGAGCAAGUCGUACCGCCGGGUGCACCGCAAGGAACGCGAGAAGUUGGAGCAGCAGGAACGACAGGCUCUCCUUGAUGCAGGCGUGGACCCGGAUGAAGAGGAUCGCGAAAAAUUCGAGCGUCAAAGAGCGGAAGCUCGCAUGGGUCUGAAGCAUAAGGAGAGUAAGUUCGCCAAGAGCUUGAAGCAGACUGGACGAACCGCUUGGGACGAGGAAGCGCGCUUGGGUGCCGCCGAUAUGGCCCUCAGGGAGGAAGAGCUGCGGAAGAGGAUCGAAGGCAAGCGUGCCACCCGCGGUGACGAGGACUAUCUCGGAUCAUCCAGCUCCGAGUCCGAGGAAGAGAACCCAUGGGACGAGGAAGCUGAUUCCGAUGCCGAAAAGCGCAAGCUUCGCCAGAAGCUCAGCAAGCUUGAGGGCGGUGAAGAUGGGGAGCUGGAACUCAAGGGCCCCCAUUCCAAGCUGCUCUCCAUGAAGUUCAUGCAGAACGCCGAGGCCUCUCGGAAAGCCCAGAACGACGCUGAAGUCCGGAAGCUCAACCGAGAACUUCACGGAGAGGAAUCGCAGUCCGAGGCAGAGUCAGAGGUUGGCCGGCGCAAGUUUGGUCACUCAGAUAAAAACAAAGCUGGCCAACAGCAGAAACCCAAAGCACUCCCCCGCAAUGAGUUUGAGGAACCACUAGGAUCGGAUGAGGAAGCUGAUGCCGCCGAGCAAGAUGCCGAAGUCGUCACUGACCGCAAGGGCAAUAACGCAAAGCCGGGUCGCUCUGCUAACAAACCGCGCGGAGGCCUCUCCAAGGCUCCUGAACCCAUUGAACCCCUGCCGAGGAGGAGAACCCUUGGUUGUGACAACCAGCAGACCGUCGACAUCAACCUUGACGACGCGGCGCCCAGCGGCCAGUCGUCUCGGAAAGCCUCCAAAAAAGAGAAGGCUCCUUCUACAUCCACCCAGAAGCAGCGCUUGGAACCUCAGGAUGACAGCGAGGAGGAGAGCGUGCCGGUGCUUCUCAAAAACCAUGACCUCGUGAAGCGCGCAUUCGCAGGCGACGAGGUCGUCCAAGACUUCGAACUUGAGAAGCGGGACACUAUCCGCGACGAAGAUGACCAGGUCAUCGACAAUACUCUGCCCGGAUGGGGUAGCUGGGCUGGCGAAGGGGUCAGCAAAAAGCAACAGAAGCGACAGAAGCGCUUCCUCACCAAGGUUGAUGGUGUGAAGCCGGACGACCGGAAGGAUGCUAAACUCGCCCGCGUCAUCAUCAACGAGAAACGUGUCAAGAAGAACAACAAAUACAUGGCUACUCAGCUUCCUCACGAGUUCGAAAGCAAGGCCCAGUACGAGAGGUCUCUCCGUCUCCCCAUCGGACCGGAGUGGACUACUAAGGAGACCUUCCAGAAUGCGACCAAGCCUCGCGUGAUGGUCAAGCAGGGAGUCAUCAAGCCCAUGGAGAAGCCAACAGUAUAAGAUACCCGACUAUCGACAUGGGAGGAGGAUAUCUUCAAGGAUUGGCAGGGGGAAAAGAGUCAGCAGGAUUAGUCAGAUACCACUUUUUGAUCAUGAAAUGUAAUUAUCCAUGACAUUAGAAAAGGUUCAUAUCAACCACCAUAAAAAGUC